CCGUGCCUGGCACAGUGAACAUUACCUGGAGGUCGUUCUGAGUGUCAGGGAGCGGCGCUCAGUUUGUCCAUCUCUAAGAUGGGUGCGCUUGCCUGCCAGAGCCACGGGGACUCCGCGCGCCAGGUGUGCGGUGGGCGGGUCUCGGCUCCCGGAAGAACUUCUCUGGGUGGUCCUGGAGCGGGUCGGACCCAGUUCCUGAGCCAGGCCAGCUGCCGGCGGCCGGGGCUCGGGUUCUGGCCCCUGCCUGGCUUUCCUUACCCUUUUCGGGUAAUACCUGGACCAGCGGGUUCACUUGCCCGCGGCCGCCGGAAGUUGCGCAAACUCAGGUUGCCGGAGCCCCAGGUGGGCCGGGCCGGAGGAGCGCAGGCCAGCGGCGCGGGCGCAGCCGGCAGUUGCCGGUGUCCAGCUGCCUACUUUCUGCCCGGAUCUCUGGCUCCUCAUUUCUCCGGUCUCCUCAGACUAAAGCCCUCGGGAUAUGCAGCAACCAUGCCUGUGGACACGCUGAGCCCCGGAGCCCCGUCCGCCCCCGCCCUACCUUGCCGCCUGCGGACCAAGGUCCCUGGCUACCUGCUACGGAGGCCGGCAGAUGGUGGAGUCCGGAAACCGAGCGCCGUGGAGCGCCUGGAGGCCGACAAGGCCAAGUACGUCAAGAGCCUGCAUGUGGCCAACACCCGCCAGGAACCUGUGCAGCCCCUGCUGUCCAAACAGCCACUCUUUAGCCCUGAGACUCGCCGCACAGUGCUCACGCCCAGCCGCCGAGCCCUGCCUGGCCCCUGCCGACGGCCCCAGCUGGACCUGGACAUCCUCAGCAGCCUCAUCAACUUGUGUGAUAGUCCCGUGUCCCCUGCCGAGGCCAGCCGCACUCCUGGACGGGCAGAGGGAGCCGGCCGUCCUCCCCCAGCCACCCCUCCACGACCGCCGCCCAGUACCUCUGCGGUCCGCCGAGUGGACGUCCGCCCCCUGCCCGCCUCGCCUGCCCGGCCCUGCCCAUCACCCGGCCCUGCCGCCGCCUCCAGCCCAGCCCGGCCGCCGGGUUUGCAACGCUCUAAGUCGGACUUGAGCGAGCGCUUUUCUAGGGCAGCCGCUGAUCUUGAGCGCUUUUUUAACUUCUGCGGCCUGGACCCGGAGGAGGCGAGAGGGUUGGGUGUGGCCCACCUGGCACGGGCCAGCUCGGAUAUCGUGUCCCUGGCAGGGCCCAGUGCCGGGCCGGGCAGCUCUGAAGGGGGCUGCUCCCGCCGCAGCUCGGUUACUGUUGAGGAGCGGGCCCGGGAGCGCGUUCCCUAUGGCGUGUCGGUGGUGGAGCGCAAUGCCCGCGUGAUCAAGUGGCUGUAUGGGUUAAGGCAGGCACGGGAGAGCCCAGCAGCUGAAGGCUAGGCACCACUGGGCCUGGAAUUCGCCACAGGACAGAUCUUACAGAGGCAAGUGGUCCCUGGACCUCUCUUGCAUCCAUUCUCUAGACGGCCAUGUCAGAGGCUCCACCCUGUUGUGAACUUGGUAUGGAGGCAAAGGCUUAGAGGCUGGACCAGCGUUCUUGGGCAAGGACUGACUCUCGAAGGGUUUUGUUCUUGACUUUGGACACCUGAGAACCCCCUCCUCCCCUCCCCCAAUACAAGGUUUUUGACAUGAGUGUACUCCUGCUUAGUUCCUCUUGUGGGGCUGCAUUUGCGGUGCUUUGCCCUCCCCACUGUGAGUGAGGGGCCGAGGGAUCUCCUCAAUCCUGUCUCCCCAGCGGCUCUGUUUCCUCCUUCCUUCCUUGGCCUCUGUCCUUUGCUGACUUCCUCUUCCUUACCCAGCAGAACUCACCCUGGGGUCGGGGCAGUGGGGAGGGGCCUAUCCACUGCUCUUCCUAGUCCUUGGCAGCUGGCCUAGGUGGGCAGACUAUAGGAGGGACUGGUUAGGAGUCUGCAUUGCUUUGACUUCCCUCUCCUUGGUUAAUAAACACAAAUGCUUGUUUCUCAA